AUGGGAGAGACCAGAAAGGUUCCCGUGACCGUCGACGCAGGGGGCGACGCCAUCUUCCCUUACUUCAAUCCGGUGCUUUACGAGAGAAUCCCCCUGUUGGAGCCACAACAGGGAGACAUUAUUCAGGUGACGUACCCGAGGUCUGGAACCCACUGGGUGCAGCAGAUCAUCCAACUCAUAUUGAACAAGGGAGAAUCCGAGAGGAACUACAUGGACUUCAUGAUCAGAAGCCCCUUCAUAGAAGCGAUGGAACUUGGGGCAACAAAAGCCCCGGGGCUCUUACGAACGCACUCCUCAAUGGCCAGGCUUCAAUGCAGCAAGAAGGCCAAAUACGUCUACGUUGCGAGGAAUCCUUGGGACUGCUGCGUCUCUUGCUUCCACUUCGUUCGGGAGAUACCUCAGUGCCAGUUCGAAGACGGUUCCUUCGACGAUUUCGUGGACUCGUUCCUCGAAGGAAAAUUUGGUUUCGGUGAAUACUUUAGUCACGUCCUGUAUGGAUACGGUAGCAGAGCUGAGCCUAAUGUCUUCUUUGUGACGUACGAGGAACUACACGAGGACAAGGCCGACGUGGCCUUGAGGCUAGCGUACUUUCUAGGAGAAGACCACGGGAAGAUGCUUGAGACCAACCAGGACGUCUUUCAGAAAGUGAUGGAGAAGAGCACUGCGACGUUCAUGAGAAAACUGAUGACAACCACGCCAGAGGAGAUGUCGAACAUUGUCGCACAAAGCUUCGGCCUAGUAGCGUCCUCAUCGGCAACCAAUAGGGUAAAGUCGGAAGACAGAAGGGAGGUGAACAUUCUCCGCCAAGGUGAGGUAGGUGAGUGGAAGCACUACUUUUCAAAGAGGAGCAUCGAGAAGAUGAAAGCCGCCAUUGAGGUGAGAACCAAAGGUUCUGACGUCAUGACUCUUUGGAAGUGUCAUGACGCUUCCCUCGAAAUACCUUUGGGAAGAAAUGUUCGUCUAUUUAAAUCACCUUCGUUUGUGACGUCACAUCUACCCUUUACAUUAUAUAUGUUCAUGAUGUUACAUCACUGUAACUUCCUCCCCCUCCCUCCCCACACACACAAAGGCCUGGCACACGAAUCUACCCCUGGUGUCAUGCCAGGAGUUGGUGUGCGAAUGAAGUCAUGA